AAUAUAUGGUUAGAGAAUGUGACCAAAGAUACUGUCGAUUACUUUCAAAACUCAUCCGAAGAGAUGGCCAGAUAUCCACAGAAUAUUUCACAAUUGAUGACAGAUAUUAUCAAAACACGAGUUCACUCAUCAAUCCUUAUCGUCGUCCGAGUUAUGUGAGGAAGAAGAAGGAAUUGAUGGCUAAUAUGACAACAAAUAUGAACGGCAGUAAUGAGGCCAACAAAUCGAUAACCAAUGGGCCGCCGAUGCCGUGGUUUGGUAUGGAUAUCGGCGGAACACUCGUCAAAUUAGUAUACUUUGAACCGACUGACAAACACAUGACACAAAUGAACUCGGAUUUGGAGACAUUGAAGAAAAUCAGACACUACUUGAAGAAGAACGCCUCGUACGGCAAUACCGGUAAACGUGAUGUUCAUCUGCAGAUGAAUAACUGUUGUAUUAAUGGUCGAUACGGGACAUUGCAUUUCAUACGAUUUCCGUCAACCGAAAUGCCGAUUAUGUAAUAUAU